UUUCAUCAACUUAUUAUUAUCAUACUUUACUUGAUUUCGAAAAUUAUAACUACGACGACAAUAAUGAAGGGAACAGUUGUGUUAAGGAAGAAGAACAAUGUAUUCGGUUCCAAACACGUCGGUUCAUCGAUCCUAGAUGGUUUACAUGAUUUCUUAGGGAAGAAGAUUUCUUUUCAGCUUGUUAGUGCUGAAAAUGCUGCUCCAGCCAACAACUUGAAAGGGAAACUUGGAAAACCUUCCUAUUUGGAUGACUGGCACACAACAGCAGCUGGCUUGGCAAUUGAGGAUGCUAAAUUUGACGUGACAUUUAAGUGGGACGAGAAACUCGGUGUUCCUGGUGCACUGAUUGUAAAAAACGAGCACCACAGCGAAUUUUUCCUCAAAUCUGUGACUAUACAAGAUGUUCCUAAUCAUGGAGAAGUUCACUUUAUUUGCAACUCUUGGGUUUAUCCAACUGAUCUUUACAAGAAGGAUCGCAUAUUCUUCACCAAUAAGACAUACCUCCCUCAUCAAACGCCUGCAUUACUAAACAAAUACCGAGAAGAAGAGCUAGAGAUUUUGAGAGGAAAAGGAAAAGAAGAUGUUAUGCUGAAGGAGCAUGACCGUGUUUAUGACUACGCAUAUUACAAUGAUCUAGGAAAUUCAGAAAGAGGUCCGGAAUAUGCCCGGCCUGUUUUUGGAGGAUCUGCUGAAUAUCCUUAUCCUCGUAGAGGUCGAACAACCCGUCCUCCUUUGAAGACAGAUCCUUUCACUGAAAGCAGGCUGCCGAUAACCAAAGGUCUAGGGAUCUAUGUUCCAAGAGACGAACAAUUCGGGCUCCUCAAGAUGGCUGAUUUUCUGGGUGAUUCAGUGAAGUCUCUAUCACAGACCGGUGUUGGUUUGGUUGGGGCGGUGGUUGACAAGACACCAAAGGAGUUUGACAGUUUCCAAGACGUGAUGAAAAUGUUUGAAGGAGGAAUCAGGCUGCCACAGAGUCAAAUUAUAAAUCAAUUAAGGGAAAGCAUCCCCUCGGAAUUUCUGAAAACUGUUUUUCGAAGUGAUGGUGCACCAAUUCUGAAAUUUCCAAUGCCUGAUUUAAUUAAAGAGGAUAAGUCAGCUUGGAGGACUGAUGUAGAAUUUGCAAGGGAGAUGGUGGCUGGAAUACAUCCUCUUGCCAUUCGUCGCUUGGAGGAAUUUCCCCCAGUUAGCACUCUUGAUCCUGAAGCAUAUGGAAACCAAAGAAGCUCAAUCACCGAGGACCAUAUUAGAGAAAAACUAGAUGCGCUUACUGUAGACGAGGCAAUCAAGAGUAAUAGGCUAUUCAUACUAGACCACCAUGAUACAAUGAUGCCAUUUAUAAGGAAAAUCAACACAAACACUCCUUCAAAGGUUUAUGCCACCAGGACAAUCCUCUUUUUAAAAAAUGAUGGUACAUUGACGCCAUUGGCGAUUGAGUUAAGCCUACCACAUCCAGACGGAGAUGAAUUUGGUGCUAUUAGCGAAGUAUACAGACCAGCUGAAGACGGUGUUGAAAGCUCUCUUUGGCAGUUGGCUAAAGCUUAUGUGGCUGUUUCUGACUCGGGUUACCAUCAGCUGAUCAGCCACUGGUUACACACACAUGCAGUCAUGGAACCAUUCGUAAUAGCAACCCAUAGACAGAUGAGUGUGCUUCACCCAGUUUACAAACUUCUGCAUCCUCACUAUCGUGAUACAAUGAACAUAAAUUCCAUAGCACGGCAGACUGCUCUUAAUCCUAAGGGGUUGUUUGAAGAAGCUGUCUUUCCCAGAACGUAUGCUGUGGAGUGGACAUCCAAACUGUACAAAAACUGGGUUUUCACGGAGCAUGCUCUUCCAAGUGACCUUAUCAAGAGAGGAAUGGCGGUGAAGGACUCGGAAAGCCCUCAUGGAUAUAAGCUACUGAUAGAGGACUACCCAUAUGCUGUUGAUGGGCUAGAAAUUUGGUCUGCGAUUGAGACUUGGGUCAGAGAAUAUUGCUCAUUUUACUAUAAAUCUGAUGAAAUGGUUGCUAGUGACCCUGAAUUACAAUCAUGGUGGAAGGAACUCAGAGAAGUUGGCCAUGGUGACAAGAAGGACGAGAAGUGGUGGCCAAGCAUGCAGACUUUUGAGGAACUAACAGAAACAUGCACAACUAUUAUAUGGGUGGCUUCUGCACUACAUGCAGCACUCAAUUUCGGACAGUACCCUUAUGCGGGCUACGUACCCAACAGGCCAACAAUAAGCCGUCGGUUUAUGCCAAAGCCGAAUUCUCCAGAGUAUGAAGAGCUUAAGACUAAUCCAGACCUUUUAUUCUUGAAGACAAUAACAAGCCAGGUUCAAUCACUGAUUGGUGUGGCUCUAAUUGAACUUCUAUCUAGGCAUUCUUCUGAUGAAGUUUAUCUUGGAAAACGAGACGACAUCCCUGAAUGGACUUCAGACCCUAUACCAUUAGAAGCAUUCAAGAAAUUUGGACAGAAGUUAGAGGAGAUUGAAGAUAAGAUUGUUGAAAGGAACAAUGAUGGAAGCUUGAAGAAUCGGGUUGGUCCGGCUAAUCUUCCCUACACUCUACUUUACCCUUCAAGUGGGGUGGGAAUAACUGGUAGAGGAAUACCUAACAGCAUUUCAACCUGAAACUCUCUUCUGCCUCGAGUAUCUUGCUCGAAGCAAUGGGAUUGAACUCAGGUUGUUUCGAGUGUGGAAGCACCUUGCCCUGUCAAGCAGAGCAACCGUUAGCUAACCUCGGGGUUAUAUACAUGCAUAGUUGCAUACAUACCAAUUUGUGAUAUUUGUAAAUUGUCCAACAGAUAUUUAUAAUUGUAGAUGAAAUUGUGGGCCGGCCUGUAAUAAAUUCUCGUGAGGCCUUUGCAUUCUUUAA